AAUGACCAGCUUUGCCCACGGAGCGAGGGAGGCGAGCUAAAUGUGAGUGAACACGGCGGCGAUCUGCAACACCCCCCUCCCACCCCACCCCCCCUUCAAAACACAGCGUAUUUCCAUAUCGUGUCCUCACUGGAACUACUCUUUUCAUUUCUUCCUCAGCGAGCUUCCUUGUUUUUAUUUUUUAAUUUUUUUCCCCAUUUUUUGGUUUUUAUGCUUUUGAUUUUUUUUCCUCUUUACAUCGUGUGUGUUUUCUUCUCAACAAAUGCUCGGUUCAACGUGAAACACGAGGAUUGUAUUCUUCGUUUUGCCUCAUUGACAACAAUAAGGGAUCACUAUGAUUUUAUUUCCAUUUCAUAUCAACAGACGGCUGCAUCCCCUUUUUCUCUCGGGGCCGUUUUCCUUGCAAACGUUGCUUUGGAUUUUAUGCACAGUCUGUGGAGAGGAGCAGCAUUUCAAUGUUGAGGACUGGUUGCAGAAAUAUGGCUACCUUCCACUGACUGACCCUCGAAUGUCAGUAUUGCGCUCUGCACAAACCAUGCAGUCAGCUAUCGCUGCCAUGCAGCGGCUCUAUGGUAUUAAAAUCACCGGCACUUUGGACAGAAACACAUUAGAUGAUGUUACGUUAAGCUGGAUGAAGAAGCCCCGAUGCGGAGUUCCCGAUCAAGUAGGCGGCGUUUCCAAAUUCAACGUCCGGAGAAGGCGCUACGCCCUGACGGGACAGAAAUGGCAACACAAAGAUAUCACUUACAGUAUAAAGAACGUCACCCCCAAAGUCGGAGAAACGGAAACCCGCAAAGCCAUUCGCCGGGCCUUUGACGUCUGGCAGAAUGUGACGCCCCUGAAGUUCGAAGAGGUGCCCUACAGCGAGCUAGAGAACGGGAAGCGAGAUGUGGACAUUACAAUCAUCUUCGCGUCAGGCUUCCACGGAGACAGCUCUCCUUUCGACGGAGAAGGGGGAUUCUUAGCGCACGCCUACUUUCCAGGACCUGGAAUCGGGGGGGACACCCACUUUGACUCAGACGAACCGUGGACCCUCGGAAACCCAAACCAUGAUGGAAACGAUUUGUUUCUGGUUGCGGUCCACGAACUCGGUCACGCCUUAGGCCUUGAACAUUCCAAUGACCCCACUGCCAUAAUGGCUCCCUUCUACCAGUACAUGGAAACGGACAUUUUCAAGCUGCCCAACGAUGACCUGCAGGGUAUCCAGAAAAUAUACGGUCCUCCGGAUAAAGUGCAGCCCACCAAACCGCUCCCAACAAUCCCACCGCAGCACUCUCACCCACCUUUAGAUCCACGAAAAACGGACCGGCACCCGAGGCCACCAAAGCCACCCACCGGAGACAUGCCUAUCUACCCGGGCUCCAAGCCCAACAUCUGUGAUGGCAGCUUCAACACGUUGGCUAUCCUCCGCAGGGAGAUGUUUGUUUUUAAGGAUCAGUGGUUCUGGAGGGUGAGGAACAACCGAGUGAUGGACGGCUACCCCAUGCAGAUCACCUAUUUCUGGCGAGGCCUGCCACCCAGUAUCGACGCGGUGUACGAGAACAGCGAAGGGAAGUUCGUAUUUUUCAAAGGGAACAAAUUUUGGGUCUUCAAAGACACAGCCCUGCAGCCCAGCUACCCUCAAGACCUUUCAGUGUUUGGCAACGGCAUUCCCGGCCAGGGCAUCGACACGGCAGUCUGGUGGGAGGACGUCAGGAAAACGUACUUCUUUAAAGGCGACAGGUACUGGAGAUACAACGAAGAAAGGCAGGCCAUGGACCCUGGGUAUCCUAAGCCAAUCACUGUGUGGAAAGGAAUUCCACCUUCCCCUCAGGGAGCCUUUGUGGAUAAGGAGAAAGGAUUCACAUACUUCUAUAAAGGGAAGGAGUACUGGAAGUUCAACAACCAGAAACUGACCGUGGAGCCCGGUUUCCCGAGGUCCAUCCUCAAGGAUUUCAUGGGUUGUGACGACUCGGUAGAACGAGAGAAAGAAAGACAUGCACCUAAGGAUGACGUGGACAUUGUCAUCAAGCUGGACAACACGGCAAGCACUGUGAAAGCCAUCGCCAUCGUCAUUCCGUGCAUACUGGCCUUGUGCCUCCUCGUACUCAUUUACACAGUCUUUCAGUUUAAAAGGAAAGGCACACCCCGGCACAUACUGUACUGUAAACGCUCGAUGCAGGAGUGGGUGUGAGAGGCCUUUGGCAUCUGUGCCGCUGGAAGUACCUUAAGAUGUUACACGUGAACUCGUAACGCUGCUCCCCGAAGGGGGUCGGGAAUCUCGUGCGCCUCGGCGGUGGCUGACGUUUCAUCGCACACCUGUUCUGAGCAUGUGUGGAGGACGCAAUCGACUGGGAAGCUUCCACGAUUUGCCGCAUCCUCCGUCACUGCAAGUCCUUUCGGCAAAUGGCUCAGUAUCUAGGCCUUUACUUACUUAUUCCUUCUGCACGCUCAAAACCCUCUUGAACUUGCUGGAAUAAACAAGUUACGCUUUUUCUUUUUUUUAUUUCUUUGGAAUUUUACUGAAAUUAUCCUGAACAAUUUUUUUUUUUUUU